AUGAAAUCGUCAUCAGUAUCCGUCGACCUUGAAGUGAUCCAAAUGCUCAAUGCUCGGUGUCAAGCGACCAGCGACUGGACUCCCCUUGUCAAUCGAUUGUUCCUAGCAUUUGGCAAUGUCCACCUUCUUGCCAAGAGUUUCGUAUCAGUCGAUCAACAGCCAUGUCCGGUUGAUAAAGCACAAGCAAGGCAGGCAUUCGACAUUAUACAAAACGAUCUUCCACGAGAUGCUCUCAAACGAUUAUCCGGGAUUGCACAGAGUACUUUGCGUUGUGGACACAGUAUGGAUGAGCAUGCAUCAGAACAAAUCCACGCCAUUGUCAUCUUAUUCCAGUGUCCAUCAUUCAUUGAUCCCAGCUAUAGCGACAAUCUCUUGACGGAGCUAUGUGAAUCCAUCACCAACCUAUCACAACCGCAUCAAGAUCUCCUUGUGCAAAAUUUGAUUGAACCUACGAAUGACGACGAUAAGGAUCAUCAAGCUUUGUUUAUGCAUCUCCUCGAUAUAUUACAUCAGGCCAUUCAUGCACGGCUCUCGCAACGCUCAACCAUUUCCGACAAAAAGGUGUCACCGUAUCAGGACAGCCUUGUGAUCAAUGUCACCAAAUGCAUUGCCAUCUUAUAUCGUCUCAACGAGCAACGCCAUUUUGUCGAUUAUACCAGCUUUUACAAUGAUGCUAUCAAUGACCACCUUGAGAUCAAGGUCGAUAUACCCAACUACAAGGAACGCAAAGGAUUCUCUUUUUGUGAUUACCCCUUCGUUUUGAACGCCACUGCCAAAGCCGAUAUCCUUAAAGUGGAAAGUGUCUUUCAAAUGCGACAUGAAUUGCAAGAUGCCUUUUUUCGUGCAUUGUUCGCUGGUGUCAAUAGCCCGUAUCUAGUGCUUUGCAUCCGACGAGAGCAUAUCAUUUCCGAUACGUUACACCAGCUCGAACAAAAGACAAUCCAUGAUCUCAAAAAGCAACUACGAGUUCAAUUUGUUGGCGAGGAAGGCGUGGAUGAAGGAGGCGUACAGAAGGAGUUUUUUCAACUUAUCAUCCGUGAUCUCUUUGAUCCAAAGUAUGGCAUGUUUACCAUGAACGAGGAGUCACGAUUAUAUUGGUUCACGCCAAAUCCAAACCAAACUGGUGAAAACACGGCAGAGUUCAAGUUGGCUGGAUUGCUCCUUGCUUUGGCCGUAUACAACAGCGUCAUUCUCGACCUGCAUUUACCUCUUGCAUUGUAUAAGAAAUUGAUGGGCGUUGAGGUUGGAUUGGAAGAUUUGAAGCAAUUGGAUCCGAGCCUCGCACGUGGAUUGGAGCGAUUGUUAUUGUUUGAAGGAGACGUACAAGCCGAGUUUGAGCGAUCAUUCCAAGUGGAUAUGGAGACGUUUGGCCACGUGUUUACGGUCGACCUCAAGCCUAUGGGUGGUGAAAUCAAGCUCACCAACGAGAAUAAGCAUGAAUUUGUCGAUUUAUAUGCCAAGUUCAUUCUAAACGAAUCCAUACAAAAGGAGUUUGACGCAUUUCGAGAAGGAUUUGAAUUGCUAUGCCACGACAAUGCCAUCAAUAUCUUUCGACCAGAGGAAAUUGAACAGCUGAUAUGCGGGAGCUCUGAUUUGGACUUUGAAGCACUUGAGAAAUCGACCGUGUAUGAUGGAGGAUGGACAAAGGAUUCACCUAUAAUAAGGCACUUUUGGGAGAUUGUCCAUGAAUUCAGCUAUGAAGAGAAAAAGAAACUACUUUUCUUUGCGACCGGAUCGGAUCGAGCCCCGAUAGGAGGAUUAGGCAAGCUGCAGUUUGUUAUUGCAAAGAAUGGAGCAGAUUCUGACAGGUUACCGACGUCGCACACCUGUUACAAUGUCCUACUGCUCUGCGAGUACAAUAGCAAAGAGAAAUUACGUGAGCGACUAUUGACAAGCAUAAGCAAUGCUGAGGGAUUUGGAAUGAUUUGA